AUGGUGAAUCCAGAUUGGUGGCCUGGUGAAGACCACGAAGCCUUUACGGUAUGGGCCAUGGAAAAUGGGGUCGAGGCCUUCGGUGUCACACCAGCUCGGUUUCCAGGUAGAGGGCUGGGUAUGAUGGCGACUCGAGAGAUCAAGAAAGGGGAGGCCGUGGUUCAAGUUCCAGCGAGCGUUAUUUUGACAAUGGAAAAGCUUCCAUCGUUGUUCAAGGACCAAUUCCGCGAAGGCACGGCUGUUCAGACCAUUUUAGCGGCCUAUUUCACCUGCGGCAGUGAAGAGGAACUUGAACCUUAUGCACUCUGGCGAAAAGCUUGGCCCACUCGCCAAGACUUCGAAGAUAGCCUUCCACUUCUGUGGCCAAGAGAACUGGGCGGCCUGUCGUGGCCGGACAGUGAGACGGUUGCUGGAGAAAAUGGACAGCCGGACCUGCCCCAAUUGCUGCCUCCCUGUAUCUCCGGUAAUUGGAGUACGACGCAGAAGGGCGUUGGGUUCAAGGAGUACGAAUGUGAGCAUCAGAAACUGCUCCCAGCGCAGCAAAUGCGACUGUCAAAGGCGUGGGCGGACGUGACUGCGGCGAUUCCGGAGAUUGACUGGAAGUCUUUUUCAUAUCAUUGGCUUAUUUUGAAUACGAGGAGUUUCUACUGGGUUGCGGCUGGUCAAGAGCCACCAGAGGACCGCAACGAUGCGAUGGCAAUGCUUCCCUUUGCAGACUACUUCAACCAUGCGGAUAUCGAGUGUGAUGUCAAAUUUGACGAAGAUGGAUACACCCUUCGUGCAACCGAAGAUUACAACGAGGGAGAUGAAGUAUACAUGAGUUACGGUGGACAUCCGAAUGAUCUCCUCUUGGCAGAAUAUGGCUUUGUCUUGGAGAAAAAUGACUCGGACAGCCUCUACUUGGACGACAUCAUUUUUCGCGAUUUGAACAGCAGGGACAAGCAAGAGGAGCUGUGGCUCAAUCAAUACUACGGGAAUUACCAAUUGAUUUCUCAAGGCGUCUGCUACCGCACUGAAGUGGCGGCAGCCCUAGUGUACAUGAGUGAAGAAGAUUGGAGGAACCAUGUUCUCGAAGGCUCGACCAAAGGAUUAGACGAGGCAAAAUCGGAGACCAUCAUCAAGGGGUGGAUCCGAACAUAUGCUGCCGAGGCGGACGCGGCGAUGGUAUCGAUCCGAGAGGCGAUGCAAUCGCAUGCAGUCAUGAGAGCCCAUCGCCAGAAGGCAGAGACUUUGCUGCGGCGAUGGAGCCAGAUCAAGAGUAUAUGUGAGAGUGCUCUGGUGGCCAUUGAUCUGUAA